AUGAGAUCCAGGAGAACCACUUUACAGAGUAACUCCAUCCUGCCCUUUGUGACAUGGGUAGGUCCAAGUUUUUGGCACACUCAAGGCCAUUGCAAAAUGAUACAAGAUAGGCUACAGUUGGUAAAAUACAUGUAAUACUGUUUGUAUAUCAAUAUUUGUAAUUGUGUGGUUCAAACCUCCUUCAAAGCUACACUUGUGUUCACAAGCAGCACCCUGACACCAAGACGGACGGCUGUGUGGUUUGUUAACGCGCGACCACUUCUCCCAGGUGUCAGAGAGCCUGCUGGAGUUCUACAGGCCGGAAUGUGAGCUGAUGGACCGAGGCAAAAUGGGCAUUGACCUGAUGCUCCAGCCAAUCAUCACACAGGGGUCAGAAGUCCAUGCCAAGAGCCCGCCCCUCUGUGUGGCCACCCCCCACCUGCUGUUCAACUCUAGGAGGGGUGACCUGAAACUGGCCCAGCUGGCCAUGCUACUGGCAGAGAUCGACUGCAUCUUGAGGAACUGCAAGGUGAAGGGAGAGCACUGCAAUGUUGUUCUACUUAGGACUCCAACAUUCCACUGUACCAACUGAUCACUACAAUACAGCUUUCCUAUCAUGGUCUACCUGCCUGGAUGGUGAGCACACUACUUCUAUGCAGUGGUGUAAAGUACUUAAGUAAAAAUACUUGAAAGUAGUAAAGUAGUUUUUUUUUUUUUGGGGGGGGGGGGUAUCUGUAGUUUACUAUUUAUAUUUUUGACAACUUUUACUUCAUUACCUUCCUAAAGAAAAUAAUGUACUUUUUACUCCAUACAUUGUCCCUGACAACCAAAAGUACUCGUCACAUUUUGAAUGCUUAUCAAGAGAACAUCCCUGGUACCUCUGAUCUGGCGGACUCACUAAACACACAUGCUCUGUUUGUAAAUUAUGUCUGAGUGUGUGUAAUUUAAAAAAACAAGAAAAUGGUGCCGUCUGGUUUGCCUAAUAUAAGGAAUUUGAAAUGAUUUAUACUUUUACUUUUGAUACUUAAGUAUAUUUUAGUAAUUACAUUUACCUUUGAUACUUAAGUAUAUUUAACACCAAAUACUUUUAGACUUUUACUCAAGUAGUAUUUUACUGGGUGACGUUCACUUUUACUUGAGUCAUUUUCUAUUAUUUACUUUUACUCAAGUAUGACAAUUAGGGAAUUUUUUCCACCACUGCUUCUAUGGAAAAUGGCAUGUUGUUGUCAAUUUUAAGUUGCUUAAUAAUGAAACGAUGAGUUGGUGUUCAGGCUUCCGUGUUUUGUUUCCUCUGAGUGUCAGAUAUCAGGUCAAUAGGACCUGUCCUACAAUAUCCAUGAUAGGGUAUUUGCCCCCCUUUGGCCAAGCACCGUAGGCAUCGAUGACAACUGCCAGUCACGUCAACCCAGAGUGCAGAACCAGGUACGUAUGUGUCAGUCUUUAUCUGUUUGGACCGUGUCAGUCUUUAUCUGUUUGGACCACAUCAGGGUGGAUUGUCGGUUGUAUAUACUACAGAUGGCAUAUACAGACGUGGCAGGCAAGUAUAUAGAGGGAUUUCAAGCUCCCAUUAUGACAAUGGGUCGAUACCUCUUCUCACAGACAGCGUGUCUCCAUUUAAGUGUUGUGUGAUCUGACUCUGGACUCUAUAUUUGUUCUUCCUGUGUAGGGAACCUGCAGUACAACCAUGACUUCCUCAAUCAGCUGCGUUUUUGUGAGGCUGUCUGUGUCCGGCCACAGGAACUGGAGCUCAUCCCAAGGGUCAAUGACAACAACCUGGUAACACACACACACACACACUCACACACACACACAGUAAAACACACUACUACUAAAACACUUAAUCUCAACUGUACUCACAGCAGGUGAGAUUCCAGAGCACAGUUGUGUAGAGAACAGUUAAAGUGGAACUGAUAGCAUUUUAACUACUUUGCAGAUAUGAAACAAACAGACAAUCAUAAUAUCAGUCAAAAAUACCAUAUUCCCAGUUUAUGCUUCAAUACCAACUUUAUACAAGUUUUAAAAAUAGGUUAUAUUUCACUGAAAAUUCCAUGACGUACAGUAAGGCAUUGUUGGCAGAAUAGAUGGAUGCAGUUCAAUACAUGAUUAAUAUAAUUCACCAAUACAUUUCUUGGUCAUCCAAAAUUUUUUUAUAUCAGGUUGUAAAUCACAGCUGGCCUGGUACAUUGUUUGCUGCCUCCACCCAUUCAGGAUGCACUGUUUCAGUUUCAAUGUCUCAAUAUUUUGAACAAAAACAGACAAUUGUAACUAAGGCUGGGAAUGUUAAUACAAUCAAACUAGCAACAGCAAUGAUCACAAGUCAGUCAUAACGGGGCUAAUAGGCUAGUGCACUUGUCAAACAAGGCGUGACACAUUUCAAUUCAUUUUGGCCAGCUUCCAUACUGCCCGCGACGCGCUGCACUACAAGUCACAAGCGAGAAUAAAUGAGUCAACAGUUGAGUCAUCUACUUUAUGAAAUUACAGCCUGAUGUGCUCACGUCGGUGAAUUCAAUUUCAAUUGCGCUGCUUUUGUGUGUCCCAUUUACAGCGGAGGGAAAGUGUACAGACAUGCCACAGUCCUAGCUAGGCUACUAAAAUGUUGCACUCUGGCUUCGGAUUUUAAAGCUUGACAAUGAAUAACCAAAAAACUAAACCUGCAACAAAACACUAUGCAAAGGAGAAACAUGUAGGCCUAUUACAGCAACAUUUGAGCAGUAGGCUGGCUGCUCAACUACCUCAUCCCCAUAUUGUUAUUUAUUUUGCUCAUUUGUACCCCAGUAUCUCUAUUUGCACAUCAUCUCUUGCACAUCUAUCAUUCCAGUGUUAAUACUAAUUGUAAUUAUUUUGCACUAUGGCCUAUUUAUUGCCUUACCUGCAUAACUUGCUACAUUUGCACACACUGUAUAUAUAUUUUCUAUUUUCUGUUGUAUUUUUGACUUUAUGUUUACCCCAUAUGUAACUCUGUGUUGUUGUUUUUAUCGCACUGCUUUGCUUUAUCUUGGCCAGGUCGCAGUUGUAAAUGAGAACUUGUUCUCAACUGGCUUACCUGGUUAAAUAAAAAUAAAAUAAAAAAUUAAGAGUGCACCAUACAACAAUGCUGCAUUCAACCGCAUCGGUGAUCCAUGCAGUGCAAAGAAAUUAAAAACAUGUUUUAAGUUUAAAAUGUUACAACAACCUAUAGCUACAUUUUUGUUAUUUUGAGUUAUUAAAUACUUGUUGAUUAUAGUCGCAGCAUAUUAUGCACAUCUGCAAGCAUAGCAGCAAAGGCUGGACAAAUAUUAUUUAUCUAUUUUGUUUAAUAUGUUAAAAUGCUAUAUACAGCAUCCUAUGUACGUACGUGGACAUUAUAAAGGGCCAUAUUUUUUUCAAUUUGGGUCGCAGUUGCAUGUUUUUUUGUAAAAACAAACCGGCUAUGUCUGGCCCGCAAAUUCGUUGUGUUUUUUCAAUAUGGUCUGUGCGCUGAUUGAGCUUGACACCCCUGGGCUAUGGUAUCGAUUUAUUUAGCGAGCUAAAAACACAGAACCUAAUGUUAGCUGGGAGGAUGUCAUGUCAUUGGGGGGAGUGGCUGACUUUUUCACCUCAUAUCGUUUUCCGGUGGCAACAGCUAGAGAUUGCGGUGUAAUUUGGUUAGCUAGCAAGAAAUGUGAAUCGCUUUGCUAGCUAGCUAUGCUGAACUUGAACGACUGUUAUCCACAGUUAUGUAUUUGGCAUCAAUCAAAUGGGCGGGCAGAAAGGCAAGUUCACAUUCAGUUGUCAAAACGUCGUUGAAGCAUGCAUUGGCAGGCAAACUGCAGAAGGAUGAGUAGGCUACGAUUCCCCAUCGUUUAUCAGUGCAAUUCUGAUGGCCAACUAGCUGAAAAAAGUUUGAGAGGGUUUAUCUAAUAAUGUUCCUCUUUUAGAUUUGAGCUCAUCUUGCUCUGGCUAGCAUUAGUUGUUGAUCUUGUUGUUGUUGAUGUGCAUAGGAAACCUAGGGAGAGAGAGCCUACCUUUACAUGGUUGUUUGAUCAAUAGGGCCGUGAAGUUCUCAAAUGUAAGAGGACUCCUGUGGUAUUUACAUAUUUGCAGAAAUCCAUUAAUGUGUAUUUUGUGGCUUUUGGUGAAUGCAUUCUAAUCUAAAGUCGCGCUGUUGCUUCUGCCUGUAAACACACAGUCCAGUUCAAAGUGAAUGAUGGCAGGCCCGUGUGGCAAAUGGCUUAUUUGCAUAUAGGCCUACUGUAGCUCUGAUUGGCUAUGGCGCACCGGUCUGCAUAGACUCUGGUGGUCUUGGACAAGACGGAUGCUUUUAUUAGGUUUUAUUUACUGCAGUGUCUAUUAAUUUUCCAAACGCACGGUCGCUUUCCCACUCUAUAUUGUUCUAGAAUUUUCACAAAUGCCUUACUAUACGUAAUUCCCAAACAUUCUAUGAACUUAUGAAAACUUUAUCUAAGUGCUCGCUUGUCAGAUAAAAAUUUUAAAAAAGGUGUAAAAUUCUUCUUGGGGGUGUACAGUAUAUGAACAGAUUUUAAUAGGACUUCAUGUUGCUAAAAUGCUGUCACUUCCACUUUAGUAAUGACUUCUGUAUGUUACUCUUUCACUUAUUUCCAAUAGAUCCUGAGGACAAGCAUCCUUCUGCAUCAAGGUCAGCUUUUGUUUUUUUUCCAAAGGGCCACAUUUUUGCCCCUUGCUAUGUUUAUAUUUAUAUCACAGUCCUGAAUACAUGUUAAAUGUAAUAACAUUGUCCAUGUCCUUCCUCAUGUUCAGACAGACUAUCUCCCACUACCUAAACCUGCGGUCAGCCUACGGACACUUCAUCCCUGGAACAGACUGA